GGCGACCUCAGCGGCAGGGGAGUAUCGGGGGCCUGUGCAGCCAUGCGGGCGGCGGCGGGUGGCGCGCGGGCGGCCGCGCUGGCGCUGCUGCUGGGAGCGCUGCACGGGGCGCCGGGGCGCGGCGAAGAGUACGACUACUACGGCUGGCAGACCGAGCCGCUGCACGGGCGCUCGUACUCCAAACCGCCCCAGUGCCUCGACAUCCCCGCCGACCUGCCGCUCUGCCACACCGUGGGCUACAAGCGCAUGCGGCUGCCCAACCUGCUGGAGCACGAGAGCCUGGCCGAGGUGAAGCAGCAGGCGAGCAGCUGGCUGCCGCUGCUGGCCAAGCGCUGCCACUCGGACACGCAGGUCUUCCUCUGCUCGCUCUUCGCGCCCGUCUGCCUCGACCGGCCCAUCUACCCUUGCCGCUCGCUGUGCGAGGCCGUGCGCGCCGGCUGCGCGCCGCUCAUGGAGGCCUAUGGCUUUCCCUGGCCCGAGAUGCUGCACUGCCACAAGUUCCCCCUGGACAACGACCUCUGCAUCGCUGUGCAGUUCGGGCACUUGCCCGCCACCGCGCCUCCAGUGACCAAGAUCUGCGCCCAGUGUGAGAUGGAGCACAGCGCUGAUGGCCUCAUGGAGCAGAUGUGUUCCAGCGACUUCGUGGUCAAAAUGCGCAUCAGAGAGAUCAAGAUAGAGAAUGCAGACCGGAAGCUGAUUGGAGCCCAGAAAAAGAAGAAGCUGCUCAAGCCGGGCCCCCUGAAGCGCAAGGACACCAAGAGGCUGGUGCUGCACAUGAAGAACGGUGCUGGCUGCCCCUGCCCGCAGCUGGAGAGCCUGGCCGGCAGCUUCCUGGUCAUGGGCCGCAAAGUGGACGGACAGCUGCUGCUCACGGCUGUCUACCGCUGGGACAAGAAGAACAAGGAGAUGAAGUUCGCGGUCAAGUUCAUGUUCUCCUACCCCUGCUCCCUCUACUACCCCUUCUUCUAUGGGGCCGCGGAGCCCCACUGAAGGGCACUCCUCCCUGCCCCACCCAGCCAGCUGUGCCUUGUCUUCUGUCUCCGCCCCUGGGGCGCACUCUCUCCUCCUGCCCACCUGGCCUCCCCCUACUCCCAGGCUGACCCAGCCCCUGCCGGAGGGUGGUUCGUGCAAAGCUGCUACCAGCACAGGCACUAAGGGAUGGACAUGGAGCCAGGCUGUCCUUGACCGAGGGGUUCUGGGGUCCUUGAAGGUUUCCUCCCAUAGGAGCAGAAGUUUCUCAGUUGGGAGAAAGUAGGCAGAGAGAAGAGAGAGCUCUAAGCAGCCUGAAGAGGUGGUUUCCAGGAUAGCCGGUGGUGUCAGCUCCCCUCUGUUGGCGGUGGGGCCUCGCCUGGGAGAGGGAAGUCCUGGUAUUAGGCUGAGCUACUUGAGGGACAGUUCUUGGCCCCCAGGGCCCCCUCACGUGUCCUCAUUGUAGCCCCCCUGAAAGGAAAGGGUCACAGUGCCCUCCAGCCAUGCCUCCCCACCUUCCCCGUCUCUGCCUGUUUCCCUUCCCGCUGGACCUGAGAGAAGCCCAGCCCGGCCCCGCUCCCAGAAGCGCACUCCUCAGCCUCCGCAUGUCCCUUUUAUCCUGAUGACCAGUAAAUUACUGCUACUGCUGCGAGGCCAUAGAUACUAGACUGAUGCAGGUAGGGUUUGGUUUUCUAUUUUUUUUUUUUUAAGUUUUUAAUUAAAUCAAAGAAAACAAA